GAUACAAUUGUUCAUUUUAUUUGAUUUUCCGACUGUAUAAAGAUCUGUUUAACAAUAUAUAUAUCCGCAAUAGAGCUCAGUAACACUGCAGAAGAAUAAUUUGUCAGCAACCUUACAGGAACAAUGGAAACAUAUUUUCAUCACACUGACGAGCCAUCAAUGGAAAAAAUACUGGAAUCUAAAACAAUUUUGCAAUCGGAAAAGAAAAAUGGAGAUGCAGUAGUAGGUGAUGGCACUUACCUUACAAAACUGGGCCCCUCACACUCAAUGCAGAAAAUAGCAAAGAGUAAUUACGAUGGCACUACAGCAAAUUAUCAAGACAAAGUUAAUUCCGGCAAAACAGAUGUCGCCAUUGAAUUUAAAAUGGCUAAAGGAACCGUACAAGACCAUUCAAAGGAGUUGAAACGUGAUGUUCACAAAUACCCGGGUGAUGUCGAUCUCAAUCAAGUAACAGACCUAAAGUAUCAUGUACGCAAAGGCAAUGGUUAUCAAACAUUCCAAAAAUAAAAAGAAAUUAGUAACUUUUCAUUUAUGUACCUUCUUACAACUUUUGAUAAUUAUAACUUUAAUUUUUUUAUUCGGAUGCUAUACUUGAACUUUUCAACAUUUACUUUUUUACUGAUGUAUGUUAUAAAGUUAGAUACAUAAGUAAUAGAGAACAAUCAUAUCUUUCAUAAACUACACUGUAGUAAUUAUGAUUACAAUUCAAUAUACAAUACAUUACAUUUCGA